AUGAGGAGUGGGUUGUUACAAAUUAUUGUUUCAAAAAUGACAAGCUCGGAAUUUUUUGAAGUAAGGAAGUUCCUAAACGCAUGUGUUCUUCUGCAAUAUGUGCCAAGAGUUCUUCAAAUCCGCCUAUCAUGGAAGAAACAUAUCGAAAUUUCCAGAAAACUCGUUAGAAGAGUAUGGAUUAAAGUUGCAUUCAAUUUUUUUUUGUAUAUAUCCUUGCCAGCCUUUUAUGUACUUGGUGCCUUUUGGUACUUUUUCUCUAUCGAACGAGAGACAGCUUGCUGGCACAAAGCCUGUGAAUAUCAUAUUGGAUGUUCCACAAGUUCUUUUAAAUGUUGUCGCAGUUUAGGAAAUUACACAUUUCUAGAUAAUGAUUGCACUAUACAAACACCAAAUACAACGCUCCUUGAUUUUGGAAUGUUCCUUGAAGCCUUUCAAUCUGAUACUGUGUUAUUUACAAAUAUUCCACAAAAGAUCAUGCACUGUUUCUGGUGGGGCCUCCGAAAUUUGAGUCCUCUUGUUCAAAACCUUCAAAGAAGUACCUAUUUUUGGGAAAACUGCUUUGCAAUUUUUAUUUCGAUCUUUGGUUUGCUACUCUUUUUGUACUUCAUCGAUCAUGUGCAAAUCCUUAAUAAUGAAAGUGAAUAUCUGCUGCGAUUGAUCUGUGAAUCUCUCAAGCCAUUGUACUACAAUGAGAACAACUACAUUUUCCGGGAGGGAGAACCACUUAAUGCGAUGAUCUUCAUCACACAAGGCAGUUUAUCGUGCUUCAACACCAACAAUGGUGAGAAUGGUGAGGGAACCGCCUCAAGCCCUCAGUGUAUUGAAAAAGGUGAGUGCAGUUUAUGGUGCUUCAACACCAAUAAUGGUGAGAAUGGUGAGGGAACCGCCUCAAGCCCUCAGUGUAUUGAAAAAGGUGAGUUCUACAGAGAAGAACUUCUAAAGUUGGAAUUGAACCUCCAAUCUCCAUCGAAACUGUCAAAACCCUUACAAAAGUUGAAGCCUUUGCUCUAA